AUGAAUGAUGACGAAAAUUUUAUUAUCGAAAAAGUCACGACUUUACUAGAUCCAAAACAAACAGGUGCUAUUCCAAGAAGUACAAAAGUAAAUACUCACCAAAUGCCUACAAACUACUGGGAUACAGUGGAAAAAAUAAACAACGGAUUGAGAGUUUGUGUUAUUCUACGAGGAUUGCCUGGUUCAGGAAAAAGCUAUAUAGGAAAACGAUUAAUUGAGGAUACGAUUCGAGACAAUUUUGAAGAACACGUCAUUUCUGCAGAUGAUUACUUUUUUAGAAACGGAAAGUACUCGUAUGAUGCAUCUAAAAUCUCGGAAGCUCAUCAAAAUGCUCAAAGACAGUUUUUCAAUCGAGCAAAUAAAGGAUAUAGUCCAUUGGUUGUUGAUAAUACUAAUUUACAAUCAUGGGAAAUGUUUCCGUACAUUCAAGCAGCAAUACAAUAUGGUUAUAGCAUAGAAAUAAUGGAACCUGUUACUCCGUGGAAAUGGACAGCACAUAAAUUGGCUCAGAAGAACAAACAUAAUGUACCGAUGGAUAAGAUUAAGAAAAUGAUGGACAAUUACGAUAGAAUUACUACAGUUAAAGAAUUAGCAAAAAAUCAACUAAAUCUUGAUAUUGUUAAGGAACCAAAAUUGCGAAACAUUCCAAAAUUUAAGCCCAAAGCUACCUUAAUGCAAGUUAACAGCGAAUCAGACUUAAUUGAUCUUUCAUUUGAAGGCAACAAAAAUCGUAAAAAUAAUAAUGAGCAAGGAGAACAGCUAAGCUGGCAAAAAUUCAAUUCUGAUUUUCAAAUACCAAGUACUUCAAGCAAUUAUUAUAAUCAGCAAAAGCAAAAUACAGAACAAUCGGAAUCGAAUGUGUGGAAACCACCUCCGCAAAUUUUUAAUGAUAAUUGGGAUCAACCGAAUGAAAAGGAAAUUACUAUAAGGGAGAAGGAAAAACAUGGUAUAAGAGAAGAUACAAACAAGCCACAGCCUCAGAGAAAUCAAAGAAAGAAUAAAAAUUCUUCAACGCCUUCAUCCGAAUCAGAUUUAAAGCCACAUAAAAAAAAUUGUCCAAAAGAAAAUCAAGCAUUUGUUCAGCUUCGUGAAUUAUAUCCGAAUAUUAAGGAUAGCAGUCUGUGGCAUUUUUUUGAAAAGUGUAAAGGAGAUCAUGAAUGGUGUGCAGACAUGCUUUGUGAUGAAAAUUUAACUGAUCAAAUGGAUACUGGAGACGAUUUGACAUGCAGUUGUUCUGGCAGCGAUAGUGAUUCUUCAAUUCCUAAAAAAGUCGUAGAAAAUUAUAGUAAUAACAAAAAGCAGACACCUGUUAAAGCUAAAAAAGUGAAAUCAAAUACCGAUGAAUUAUUCGCAUUUAAAAUUGCAAUUGAAGAUAAUGUCAAAAUUGGAAACGAGUUUUAUCCAGAGCAUGUUCAAAAAGUUAAAGGGUGGAAGGGGAUAUCAACGAAUGCACCUCAAACAGUAAAUGAAACAAAUGUUGUCGAGCAAAAUGUUGAAGAAGAGACUUUAGUUCCGUUGUCUAUUGAAGAGAGUUUGAUAACAGAACUAGCUGAGAUAUAUGGUGACAGUCAAUCAGUCGUGAAAGAUAUUUUAGAGCAACAUAGAAAAUAUAAAACAAAAAUUUUCAUCAAAUCGUCAACUGCAAAACAGCUCUAUAACGAGAUUUUAGAGACAGUUUAUAGUCAUCAAGAGGAAGCGAAAUUAAAAGAUAUUGAAAAUGAUCGUUAUUUUGCAAUGAUGUUGCACGAACAAGAAAAAGCUUACAAAUAUCCUCAAUUGGUACAAGAAACAAAUGGUAAUAGUUUUAAAGAGAUUAUGGAUACGCAAGCUGCUCUUAAAGAAUAUCACAAUGAUGUCGGUGAAUGGCAAAAAGUAGAAAAACCUGAUACAAUGGCUGAAAAAUUAAGCAAGGAGAAACUAUAUCGAUUAUUUUCGAGCAUUGAAAAGAGUAUAAUUGAUGAGAUUUUUGAGGCACAAGGCAGACAUUUUAAAAAGACAAUAGUAUUAAUUCAAGACAGUUUAGGAUAUACACAGGAACAACGGAAGCAAGUCAAGGAGGAGAUAGAAAAGAGUGCUAAAUUUAGUAAGGAAGUAGUUGAGGAUGAAAAAGAAGACGAAUUUACUCCAGAAGAAUAUGCUUGCAUAAAGAAAGUUGAAGAGCUACAGGAAGAAAUUGAUCGACAUUCAGAAGCGUAUUUGCGUUGUGUACAACAAUCACGAGAUCACAUAUCAAAAAAGGAAUAUCAUACGGCUUCUUAUUACACAAGUAUGGUCAAUUUACAUAAACAGUUGUGUGAUGAAAAGCGCCAAGAACUAAUGAACCUUCUGUCAUUUAGUUUCUUAAAUAAUUCUGCGAGCUCAAGACUAGAUUUACAUUAUUUAACACAAGAAGGAGCAAAGACUCGAUUGCACACAUUUUUGGAUGCGCACAUAGCAAAGUUGAGAGAAAUUAAAAAGCAAUUUAUAGAGCUAGAAAUAAUCACCGGACGAGGCAAUCAUUCUAUAAAUGGUCCUGUAAUUAAAAAUAUGACAAUUAGGCUGUUCCAAGAUCGAAACUUACGAUUUAUUGAAGGCAAUCCCGGUAUGUUGAAAGUCAAAGUCUAUUCAAAUUCAAUGCUUUACGAUGAAAAGCAAAGAUUAAUGAAAAGUGAGAACUAG